AAUAAUCAGAGCUUAGUCACUUCAGUUACGCUUCUCUUGGCAUGCAGUAAUUUUCAUGUUUUCUUUAGAAGCUCUGGUUGAACCAGUUCAACUUCAUUCUGUCGUUGCUCAAAUUUAGUUUGCUUACAUCUCAGCGCUCAAGACUGUAUAGAAAGAGAAUGGAGGCUGUAAGCUCCUAAGUUGGACUUUUGAAAAUGAAGAGCUGACGACUGAUUACGAGGUUGUUUGCUGUUGUCCUCAGGUUCUUGUACCCCUCUCUCAGGAUUACUUAUUGUGAUUGGUGGGGGAUUCCCAAGUGCAGAAACAGCAGGUUCAGACUCGCUCCUUGCCUGAGAAGCUGAGAUGCUGGACAGAUUCAAAAUGCAUAUGUUAUUGCUGGGCCUGGCUCUGUUGAUGCUAGGCCUGGCCUCUGAUGCCUCUUCUCUUGGCCUGACUGUGCAUGUUGUGCCCCUGGACAGUGAUGGAGGAAAAACAGUGCGGGCUCAUUUCACUGUCAUUGCUCCUAGUCCUUGUCCGUCUUUGUCUGAACUCUGUGCUCCAGGAGAGGACUGCCUAGUCCACACCACCCCGUUACCUUUCACUGGGACCAAACCCUCUGACUGGUGUGUCCGCCAGUGGCAGAAAACUGUCCCCAGUGACUACAGAGCUACCAUCAGUUUAGGGUCCAGAACAGAAUUUUUUGUGUCUAUAAAUGCAGGACCAGUGAUCCGGGCAAACAGCGGGAGACUCAACCACCCUGCUUUUGUGGCUCUCCCUCCUCCACUAAGGGCCCGUGUUAACUGUCCUCACGACUUCCAUCUGUCAGUGAAAGACUUGGAUGGGGACAAGGUCCGAUGUCGAUUUGCCAGUUCUGACAAGGGAGAGUGUGUCAGCUGCACCCAGCACUCUUUCAUAGAGCUGGAUGGGGAGAAAUGCAUUUUGUCCUUCACUGGACAGGCACCUGCAGGACAGUAUUUUAUUUACCUGAUGGUGGAGGACCUGAUUCCUUCGCCCAGAGUAAACCAUGCCACAGAUCUGCCCCUCAGCUCUGUCCCUGUCCAUCUCUCUCUAACUGUGGAAGAGUCAUAUUUUAGUUGCUCUGAUGAACCAGUGGCCAUAGACAGGACCCCAAAAGAUGACUCUGUGCUGUUUGUUCUGCCGUACCAGGAGGAGAAAAUCAACACUGACUAUAGGUCGGAGGAGGAGAGUGUUUUAGAGUUUGCCGUGGUUGGGCCCCCUGACCUCUACAGGACUGGCUUCACAUCAGUCGGCCCCCUGGCCACUAUGGCCAUGGCCUGGAUCCGCUCUGAAAACAACCUGACUCAUCUGUUGCCCAUCUGCUUUGCUGCAAAUACCAAGAGUUUACAGUCGGAGCCAAGAUGUGUGUGGCUAUACCAAAGGGAAACCAGAACAUUACCUGCUGGAACAGAACUGAAGUGUGAGAAGACAGCGAUGACUCUGGUGCUCCCCAUCACCUCGCUCACAAACAUCAACCUUGCCGAACUCCAGCUCAACAGCCCCACCUGCCCCGUCAACUACAACAACACACAUGUGACUGCAACCAUCUCCUUGGACGGCUGUGGCACAAAGACUGUGCACUCGGGCCCAGAGCUGGUUUACACCAACACCUUGAAAACCGUGCGUCCCUACUCUAUGAUUAGCCGCCAGCCCUUACUUAUCCUGCCUUUGGCCUGCCGCAUCCCAGGAGUCCAGGUCAAGGGCCCAAAUGCUUCAAUUGAGAUGCCCACAGAGAAAGAGACCUUUGGUGAGUUUCGUGUUUGGAUUGAAUUUUACCUCCCAGGAACAGGGCCCCUGGCACAAUUCACCAGAAAUCCCACGUUUCGCUCUAACGUCAACUCACCACAAAGAGUGCGUAGAUCUGUUGACUCGGAAACAGGAAGCAACUCCAGUAACAGUACCGGUGUAAGUGAAGAAAGUGGAUCCAGGAUCAAACAACUGGACCUCUACGUCAGGUCCAAUUGCAGUGUGGUUCGAGCCGAGAUGAUAGUAAACGACUGCAUCGAGUCUGAGACUGAGGACUUUGCAAUAAGCCGUCCUAUUCUAGAACAAGGGUGCUUGGCAUCCAGCAACACCUUAGAGAUUAUUACUACCCAAAAUAAUUCCAGGGUUUACCGCCUUGAUUUGAGUACAAUACAGACCAAUGGAACAACUCUGUAUGUCCAGUGCACAGUCAAUCUGUGCAUUACCACCAUGCCCUCUCUGUUGUGCCCAAAUCUAUGUACCAGCUCCAGGAGUCAGAGCACCCUGGUUGGCAGUGUGUUCACCAGCAGCUACACAGUCAAAUCAGGACCUGUGAGCCUUGUGCUCACCACUCCUGCUCCAACCACAACAACCGCAGCAAAUACAACAAGUACUAAUGUAACAACCGCUACUACAGCCACAGUUACAACUACUCGUACAACCAAUACUGCAAGUACAUCAGCAACUCCAGCUGUUACAGCUGCAACUACUGCAACCAGUAUCACAACCAAUACUGCAAGUACAUCAGCAACUCCAGCUGUUACAGCUGCAACUACUACAGCUGUCCAUAACACCGCAGGAAGUGCUCCAUAUCAGGCCUCAUCUCUGGCAACAGGAGUGAUUUUGACAACUUUCAGCAUAUUUCUUCAGAAAAUGCUCCUUUGCUGAUCCUGCAUCUGGAGUUAUCUGUCACAUUAGGGAGCACCUCAUUUGUUUCCUUUGGACAUUUAGAGAUAGAAUCACACAAAUUAUUCCAGUGUGUAUUUUGAGCUGUUUCAGAUUCCCACAUUAAAGUGAGAUCACACAAAAUACUGUCAAA